UUCCAAUGAUGCAUUUUACCACAAAGAAAUUCCAAAAUGAUGGUUCUAUGACUGGUGGUGCAUUUGAUUUUGAAAGAGCAACGACAUCACUUUCCAAUCAGUCAUUGUCGUCGUCUAAGAAGGUAACUCUUGCGAGGCACGGCCUUAGCUCUUGGAAUGAAGAGAGUAAAGUUCAGGGAAGCUCAAACUUAUCAAUCCUAACAGAAACUGGAGUGAGGCAAGCAGAGAGGUAUAGAAAAGCCUGGGCAAAUAUAUACUUUGAUGAAUGCUUUUCAAGUCCAAUAUCUCGUGCUAAGUCCACUGCUGAAGUUAUAUGGCAAGGGAGGGAAGAACCACUUGUUUUCCUUGAUUCGCUGAAGGAAGCCCAUCUAUUUUUUCUUGAAGGCAUGAAAAAUGUGGAUGCUAAGGAGAGAUAUCCAAAGGAGUAUACCACAUGGAGAGAAGAUCCUGCUAAUUUCUAUGUGAAUGGUGUCUACCCUAUACGAAAACUAUGGGCAACGGCAAGAGAGGCUUGGAGGGAAAUGUUACUCUCACCGGUUCUGAGCAAUAGAUAUGAAUAAUGGCGGAAUAUCUGUUUUUAACUUCAACAAAAGAGGAGAAGCAAUGCUUCAAUCUUUAAACAUGACAGCCCACAUGUAUGGUGAUCACUUCUAUAUUUACUAUUUACUAAAACUUAUUGAUAUGGAACUCACUGAUGAGAAAGAAGCUUACCUUACUGCCCAACAUCUAAGGACACAGAAUUCACACCGCAGAAUCAUACAACACUAAACUGGUUUAUGCCUGUAAGGGUUUCAGGUUUGAAAUUGAGAAACUUACACUCGAAUUUAUUUGCAAUGAUGUAUGGCUGGGGCUGUG